AUGGCCGCCUACGAUCACGCCGCCGGCGACGGCCUCAACCGCAAGCUCAGCUUGACCGGCAAGGGCGUGGACAAGACGUCGCUGCCUGAGGAUGCCGUCGGUUCCGCCGACGCCGUGCUGGAGGCCAUGGGCUACGCCCCCGAGCUGUCCCGCAAUCGCUCCACCAUGCAGGUCGCCUUCAUGUCCUUCGUGCUGGCCGCCAUUCCCUACGGCCUGGCCACCACCUUCUACUACCCGCUGGUCGGCGGCGGCCCCGCCAACAUCGUCUGGGGCUGGAUCGGCGUCUCGGCCAUUAUUCUCUGCGUCGCCGCCUCCCUGGGCGAGAUCACCAGCAUCUAUCCCACUGCUGGCGGCGUCUACUAUCAGACCUUCAUGCUCGCCCCGCCCAGCUACCGCCGCCUGAGCAGCUGGACCUGCGGCUGGCUGUAUGUCGUCGGCAACGUCACCAUCACCCUCGCCGUCAACUUCGGCACCACCCUGUUCUUCGUCUCGUGCAUCAACAUCUUCGAGUCCUCGCCCGGCGUCGGCAUCUGGGACGCCAGCGCCUGGGAGAUCUUCCUGACCUUCGUCGCCAUCACCUUCGUUGCCAACGCCACCUCCUCGCUGGGCAACCGCUUCCUGCCGCUGAUUGACACUGCCGCCAUCUACUGGACCUUUGCCGGCGUGCUGGCCAUCAUCGUCACGGUGCUGGUGCGCGCCAAAGACGGCCGCCGCAGCGCCGAGUGGGUCUUCGCUGACUUCGAGCCCCAGUCGGGCUGGACUCCCGGCUGGUCCUUCUGCGUCGGUCUGCUGCAGGCCGCGUACGCAACCUCGUCGACGGGCAUGAUCAUCUCCAUGUGUGAGGAAGUGCAGCACCCCGCGACGCAGGUGCCCAAGGCCAUGGUCGGCACCGUCGUGCUCAACACGUUUGCCGGCCUGCUGUUCAUGCUGCCGCUUCUGUUCGUCAUGCCCGACCUCACCGAGCUGAUCAACCUCGCCUCCGGCCAGCCCGUGCCCGCCAUCUUCAAGGCCGCCGUCGGCAACGACGUGGGCGCCUUCAUCCUGACCAUCCCGCUGUUCGUGCUGGCCAUGAUCUGCGGCAUCGGCUGCACCACGGCCACGUCUCGCUGCACCUGGGCGUUUGCCCGCGACGGAGCCAUCCCCGGCGCCAAGUGGUGGAAGCAGGUCAACCACAAGCUCGACGUGCCGCUCAACGCCAUGAUGCUCACCAUGGUGGUCGAGAUCAUCCUGGGCGCCAUCUACUUCGGCUCGACCGCCGCCUUCAACGCCUUCUCGGGCGUCGGCGUCAUCUGCCUGACGACGGCGUACGCGGUGCCCAUCGCCGUCAGUCUCGCCGGCGGCCGCACCCAGGUCGCCGAGGGCAGCUUCUACCUGGGCAAGCUGGGCGCCUUCUGCAACGUCCUCUCCCUCUGCUGGUCGCUGCUCGCCAUCCCGCUGUUCUGCAUGCCCACCACCAUCCCCGUUGCUGCCGAAACGAUGAACUAUGCGUCCGUUGUGUUCUUCGCCUUCGUCAUGAUGUCUCUGGGCUGGUACGUCGCCUGGGGCCACCGCAACUACCAGGGCCCGCCCACUGUCGACUGA